AUGACAACGAAAGGCACGGGAAGAUACGACAUUAGCUGCAAAUUUCGACCAAGAAGGGAAGCAGCACUCGGAAACCUCGGUGCUUCGUCUUUACGGAUUUUCGACCAAGAAGGGAAGCAGCACUCGGAAACCUCGGUGCUUCGUCUUUACGGAUUUUCGACCAAGAAGGGAAGCAGCACUCGGAAACCUCGGUGCUUCGUCUUUACGGAUGUCUUCAUAUUCUCGUUCCCCGGUAUUAAUAGCAGCAAUGGGCUUCUGGGGGCUGGAAGCAGAACCACGGAAAUUAAGGCACACUUGCUCGAACUCAAAAAGUGGCUUUAA